AUGUCUAACUGUGCCGUUGCUGUUCUUCGUGGUGAUGAUGUCUGUGGAACUAUCUGGAUCAAACAGUCCGAAGGAAAGCCCGCAGAAAUUUCUGGAGAAAUCAAGGGGUUGACCCCAGGUAAACAUGGAUUCCAUAUCCAUCAAUAUGGAGACUCAACUAACGGAUGCACUUCGGCCGGACCACAUUUCAAUCCAAGCCAAAAAACGCAUGGAGGACCAUGUUGCGACAACCGCCACUACGGAGACUUGGGAAACGUCGAGGCUGGCUCGGAUGGUGUUGCCAAAGUGAAUAUCACUGAUAAACUGGUCACUUUGUACGGUGAGCACUCAGUGAUUGGACGUUCAAUGGUCGUUCAUGCUGACGAGGAUGAUCUUGGCAAAGGAGUUGGCGACAAAGAAGAGGAAUCCAAGAAGACUGGCAAUGCUGGAGCACGUAAAGCUUGCGGAGUCAUUGCUCUUGCCGCUCCACAAUGA